AUGCCGACGGCCAUCCGCAAGCGCCCAGCGGCGGGACAAGAACCGCGCGUCCAUGGCGGCAAGAAGCCCCGAUACGCGUUCGGGAGCAUCACCGACUACGAGAAGCUUGAGGUGCUCGGAGAAGGCACCUAUGGCGAGGUGUUCAAGGCGCGCGACCGCCGCACCGGCAAGAAGGUCGCCGUGAAGUGGGUCCGUGGCAACGGGGCCGGCGGACACGGCCCGCCCGACAUCAGCGCGAUCACCCGCGAGGCCGGCUGCCUCGGCGCGUGUCGGGGUCACGAGUCGAUUAUCGAGAUCUUGGAUGUGGCGACGGAUGCCGAGACAGGGGACGUGUUCCUCGUCAUGGAGCUCGUUGCCGACGGCCGCACCCUCCGCGAGUCGCUCUGGAGGCCUGUAUCCGAGGACGUGACCCGCGUGAUGAUGGAGCAGCUCCUGGAUGCGGCAAAGAAGAUACAUGGAGCCGGCAUCAUCCAUCGGGACUUCAAGCCGGAGAACGUCAUGGUCGGCUUCUUCGGCGGGCUCAAGGUUGGUGACUUUGGGUCGGCGAUUCGGGCGAAGCCGGCCAGAGUGCCCUAUGAGGAGUGUUGUGUCGGCACCCUGAUUUACACAUCGCCGGAGCAGCUGGAAGGCAACCGGUACUAG